AUGAUAUUGCAAGUUAUAUUCAUCUUAUAUUUACAUUACAUUUGUAGAGCAUUGUCUCUUCAAUGUCGCAGCUGCGAUCAAAAACUUGAUCUAACAGUAUCAGAUAUUAACACCAAUAUAUCUGAAUGUAAAUUCGUAGAUGCUCCGUAUGCAAGUUGUUCGCAACGGUUACAUAUUCGAUAUGUAAAAAAUGAGACUUCUGUAGUUCUACGAGCCAGUGCUGAGGAACCAUUGGUAUUGACAAAUGAAGCACAAAUUAUGAUAAAUACUACUUUAAUUUGGCUUACUAAAUUUCAAUUAGAAAGAAUCUUUCAAAUCGAUUGUUUCGACAGCACUCAAUGUGAAAAAGAUACCAUCAAUCAUACUUAUGCUGAAGUGCGACUUUUUCAGUAUACAGAACUAUGGGGCAACCUUCUCAUACGUUUGUAUGAUGCUUUUAGCAAACCUGCUGAACUAGUAUGUGCAGACGAUCAAAAUGAAGCCGUGCCUUGUCCUCACGGAUUUUGUCAAUUAAUUAGUAGUAAUUUUUUGACAUUUUCUCGUGGUUGUAUUCCUAAGGGUGUGAUAGACAAUUCGUACGGUGUCAUGCUAGAAUCAAAGACAAUGCCAGGACAAGGUAUCAAAUCAUCCAUCACAUACACAUGUAAUAAGCCGAUGUGUAACAAUGUCGCUAUGGCUAAGGAAGUACAACAUUUGUUGGAAACUAGAGAAUUGAUGAUGUCCAUCACAACAACAACAACAACCACUACUAUGAUCACAAGCACAUCAACACCCUCAUCAAGUGUUAUGACAAAACCGAUCCUUUACAUUCAUUAUACAUUAGCACUUCUAAUGGCAAUGAUUUUCUAUAAAUGA